AAAAAAGAAAGUUUUUCUCUUCUUCCUCCUCCAUUCCUUGGAUACAAAAUGCCAAUGCCGAUGCGAACGAUGCUGCUCCGCCACCUUAGUCCCCCCUCCGCCGUGCCCAAUCCCCGGCGCUCCUCCGCCUCCUCGCCGCAGCGGAUACCGGCGAGGGCCCGGCCACCGCCGCUGCAUUCCGCCCGCGCCACCGCGCUCCGGGCCCGGCGGAGGACGCCCAUGGCGGUAGGGGAGACCGGCGCCUCCGUCUCCGCCGCCGAGGCCGAGGCCGAGGCCACCCAGGCGUUCAUGCCGGACGCCAGGGCGUACUGGGUGACGAGCGACCUCAUCGCCUGGAACGUCGGCGAGCUGGAAGCGCAGUCCGUCUGCCUGUACGCCAGCAGAGCCGCCGCGAUGAGCCUCUCGCCGUCGAAUGGCGGCAUCCAAGGCUACGACUCCAAGGUUGAGCUGCAACCGGAGAGCGCCGGGCUCCCGGAAACCGUGACCCAGAAGUUCCCUUUCAUCAGCAGUUACAGAGCGUUCAGAGUUCCGGGCUCUGUCGACGUCGCCAGCCUUGUGAAAUGCCAACUGGUCGUCGCUUCUUUCGGCGCUGACGGGAAACACGUAGAUGUUACUGGACUGCAAUUACCCGGCGUGCUGGAUGACAUGUUCGCGUACACGGGACCGCUCGGUGCGGUUUUCAGCGAGGACUCUGUGAGCCUGCACCUUUGGGCUCCUACAGCACAGGGCGUGAGCGUGUGCUUCUUUGAUGGUCCAGCAGGCCCUGCGCUAGAGACGGUGCAGCUCAAGGAGUCAAAUGGUGUUUGGAGUGUCACUGGACCAAGAGAGUGGGAAAACCGGUACUAUUUGUAUGAAGUUGACGUGUAUCAUCCAACAAAGGCGCAGGUUCUGAAAUGUUUAGCUGGCGACCCUUAUGCUAGAGGCCUUUCUGCAAAUGGAGCGCGCACCUGGUUGGUUGAUAUUAACAAUGAGACAUUGAAGCCGGCUUCGUGGGAUGAAUUGGCUGAUGAGAAGCCAAAACUUGAUUCCUUCUCUGACAUAACCAUCUAUGAAUUGCACAUUCGUGAUUUUAGCGCCCACGAUGGCACAGUGGACAGUGACUCUCGUGGAGGAUUUCGUGCAUUUGCAUAUCAGGCCUCGGCAGGAAUGGAGCACCUACGGAAAUUAUCUGAUGCUGGUUUGACUCAUGUGCAUUUGUUGCCAAGCUUUCAUUUUGCUGGCGUUGACGACAUUAAGAGCAACUGGAAAUUUGUUGAUGAGUGUGAACUAGCAACAUUCCCUCCAGGGUCAGAUAUGCAACAAGCAGCAGUAGUAGCUAUUCAGGAAGAGGACCCUUAUAAUUGGGGGUAUAACCCUGUGCUCUGGGGGGUUCCAAAAGGAAGCUAUGCAAGUGACCCUGAUGGCCCGAGUCGAAUUAUUGAAUAUCGUCAGAUGGUCCAGGCCCUCAAUCGCAUAGGUCUUCGUGUUGUCAUGGAUGUUGUAUACAAUCAUCUAGACUCAAGUGGCCCCUGCGGUAUCAGCUCAGUGCUUGACAAGAUUGUUCCUGGGUACUAUGUUAGAAGGGAUACUAAUGGCCAGAUUGAGAACAGUGCAGCUAUGAACAAUACAGCAAGUGAGCAUUUCAUGGUUGAUAGGUUAAUCGUGGAUGACCUUUUGAACUGGGCAGUAAACUACAAAGUUGACGGGUUCAGAUUUGAUCUUAUGGGCCAUAUCAUGAAACGCACAAUGAUGAGAGCAAAAUCUGCUCUUCAAAGCCUUACAACAGAUGCACAUGGAGUUGAUGGUUCAAAAAUAUACUUGUAUGGUGAAGGAUGGGACUUCGCUGAAGUUGCACGCAAUCAACGUGGAAUAAAUGGGUCCCAGCUUAAUAUGAGUGGAACGGGGAUUGGUAGCUUCAAUGAUAGAAUCCGGGAUGCUAUUAAUGGGGGUAAUCCCUUUGGUAAUCCGCUCCAGCAAGGCUUCAAUACUGGUCUGUUCUUAGAGCCGAAUGGGUUUUAUCAGGGCAAUGAAGCAGAUACCAGGCGCUCGCUCGCUACUUAUGCUGACCAAAUACAGAUUGGACUAGCUGGUAAUCUGAGGGAUUAUGUACUAAUAUCUCAUACUGGAGAAGCUAAGAAGGGAUCAGAAAUUCACACUUUUGAUGGAUUACCAGUAGGCUAUACUGCGUCCCCAAUAGAAACGAUAAACUAUGUUUCUGCUCAUGACAAUGAGACUCUAUUUGAUGUUAUCAGUGUGAAGACCCCAAUGAUCCUUUCAGUUGAUGAGAGAUGCAGGAUAAAUCAUUUGGCCUCCAGCAUGAUGGCAUUAUCCCAGGGAAUACCCUUCUUCCACGCUGGUGACGAGAUACUAAGAUCUAAGUCCAUCGACCGAGAUUCAUAUAACUCUGGUGAUUGGUUUAACAAGCUUGAUUUUACCUAUGAAACAAACAAUUGGGGUGUUGGGCUUCCUCCAAGUGAAAAGAACGAAGAUAAUUGGCCCCUGAUGAAACCAAGAUUGGAAAAUCCGUCUUUUAAACCUGCAAAAGGACACAUUCUUGCUGCCCUAGACAGUUUUGUUGACAUCUUGGAGAUCAGAUACUCAUCUCCACUUUUUCGUCUCAGUACAGCAAAUGACAUUAAGCAAAGGGUACGCUUUCACAACACAGGGCCCUCCUUAGUCCCAGGUGUUAUUGUCAUGGGCAUUGAAGAUGCACGAGGUGAGAGCCCCGAGAUGGCUCAAUUAGACACGAACUUCUCUUAUGUCGUAACCGUCUUCAAUGUGUGUCCGCACGAAGUGUCCAUGGAUAUCCCCGCUCUCGCUUCGAUGGGGUUUGAACUGCAUCCUGUGCAGGUGAAUUCAUCAGAUACUUUGGUGAGGAAAUCUGCGUACGAGUCCGCGACGGGCAGGUUCACCGUGCCCGGAAGAACCGUGUCAGUCUUUGUCGAACCUCGGUGUUGAUGCCUCCUCUGUUUCGACACGAGGAUCUGUUCUACAAGUUGUCGAAGCAACCGAAGAUCUUUCUGUUUUUGUGUUGAAGUAAAUAAUAAAUGAAGAAUAAGGGAGGAGAGGCGCUGCUGCCUGCCAGAUUACACUGCUGAAGGAACAAACCCAAGAAUAAGAAGGUUGGCUUAUGUAUAUGUAUAGUGUCCAAGCUGCCUAGUCAUGGCUUUUUUUUUUAUCCAUUUUGAUUUUAUAUAUCAAAAGGAAAAGACAUAUAGCGUGUUAUAAGUAUUGUAUAUGUAUGUGGUAAACAAAUUUCGCAAAAAUGUAUGUGUUAAACAAGGAUGCAUAAUGAUUUUGUACUGUACUCUCUUUUA